CUCGUCUCAUAGUGUAAUACGCAAAUUCCUAUCCAGAACCGUCUCUCUUGUAUCAGUUCCUCUUCAUAGAGUACCAAGUCCAUCCAAAAUCAAUGGCAUACACACGGCACCGAAGCGAGGAUCCUCAGAAGUUCAACAAUGGCGUCUAUUCACCUUCAUCACCAUCUUCCCUCUGCAUCUAUCUCCCUUCCCAAAGCCAAAGCUUCACCGCCCCUUUGCGCACCACCACUCUCCGUCUCCGCAUCAUCUCGCUUCUCUCCGCCAUCAUUUCCGACAAUAAACCUAAAUUUAACUGGUUUCACCAACUGGCUUCUCCAUUUUCCUCCAAAAUCUUUCAGUUUCGCGCUCUCUGGUGCUCUUGCGCUCGGAAUAGCUCUCUCUGGAGUUGGAUUUGCGGACGCCAAAGUUGGGGUUAACAAACCAGAACUGCUUCCUAAGGAGUUCACCUCUGUCAUUGAUGUCGCCGGGUUUCUAUCUGAUGGCCAGGAAGUUAGGCUCAAACAAGAAAUAGCCGAGAUUGAGAAGGAUACUGGAUAUAAAUUGCGAGUUUUGGCGCAAAAUUAUCCUGUGACACCAGGGCUGGCAGUCAAAGAUUUUUGGCAAGUGGAUGAUAGAACAAUCGUGUUUGUUGCCGAUCCUACAUUUGGUAACAUAUUGAACUUCAACGUCGGAGCGACUGUGGAUUUGGACAUUCCACGGAGCUUUUGGAGCCGUUUGGCCGGGAAAUACGGAAACAUAUUUUACUGGAAAGAGAAGGGUGAAGAUACAUCUAUUGAAUCAGCUGUCAUGGCUAUAUCUAAUUGCUUGAGAGAACCAGUCGGCCCAAAUAACUGUUCCGAGAUAAAGUAACAGCAUCGAACAAUUGUGUACGUAUGUCGAACUAGAUUUGGAUGUUCUGACAGUGAUACAUAAUAUAUAGCCAAUUUUCAUGUCUUAAAUGAAAUCCUGUUCUUUUCCUCAGUCAAGAACAUGGUGUAAGUCUAUUACUUGAAAACACUGGGAGUAGUGAUAAAAAAAAGGUUUGAAGGAAUUUGAUUAAUUGUGUAGACAUUUGUAUCU